AUGAAGACCAUUAGCUACCUUCGAGCUCUCUCUCUAUUUAUGAUGACAGGUUGGGCCUUAGGGAGUGAAUGGGACGAAGGGCUCGACGGAAUCCUUCUAGGUGAAGUUGUAGGACCUACAGAGACUCCAUACCCGGUGCCAAAUCUGUAUCAAGCUCUUGUACUUGGACCAAUUCCUGUGGAAUCUAUUCCGGAUAGGUAUCUGCAGGCUGCCCUGAAGGUUCAUUUUGCGUCGGAAAUCAUACGUGCUGUCCUAAUGGAUGCUGUCGAGAAAAUACAAGGUAAGAAGCUCAGACAACUGAGGCUGAAUCAGGUUCCUGUUGCCCUACUACUGGAUAUGUCUGUACAAGUGGAACUUUUCAUCGAACAAUCUGUUGCCUCUGAAUCUGCUCUUCAAUCUGAAUCCCAGGCCUCUGUCUCUUUGAUCUCCGAGGCAUCCAUGUCCACCCGGUCUCAUAGGACUAACCCUACGAGCGAUAGUACCCCUGUUACAUCUGAGAGCGACACCCCUUCAAAUUCUGAACCGGGUCGAAGCAAACAGAUCAACACUGGUAUAAUCGUCGGGGCUUCUGUCGGUGGAGCAGCUAUAAUAAUACUGAUUGGACUAGCUUUAAUCCUUUGUAUGCGCCCAAGAAAGGAGUCUGCCCCUGUAGUCACACCUUCAAAGGCACCUCCUCCGCCAACAAUGCGACCAACUCGUUCGCAACCAGCCAAUGUUCUUGGAUACUCACAAUAUACAGGUGGAAGUUCUGGUAUCGUACCUCGAGCCACGCCCACACGGCUCUAUAACGAGUCGAGGCCUCUAGACUUCCCACCGUCCUCAGGAUAUGAAGUGCCGGCGUGGCUGUCGCAGAGCAGUGAUACUCAAAGGAGAUCUCUUAGCGCCUCUACAUCACCUUCUCCGCCACCAGUCAGAAUGCAGGGAGUAACGAAUCAGACCUGUCCUCUCGAAUCACCCACUCCUCCUGAUUAUAUGACUCUGGAAGGUGGUACUUCUUCUCAACCAUCAAACUACAAAGCAGCCUAUCGACCAGCAAACCCACAAACUUCAUUUGGGGCCUCCAGAGUGGCGAGUGGUAGUUCUAAUGCGGGAGAAGGCAAAUCCCGUUUCAAAUAA